CGUCAUAAAACCAGAAGAAGAAGAAGAGGCGUAAACGAAGAAGAAUGUAACGUAGGAAAAAGCUACAGUAUUAUCGUCGCGUCAGAUGAUUAGCUAAUAGUAAAACACUGUAAAACGACUGACAGUCCAUCUCCCUUUUCAGCCUUACGUAACGGUCAGCAAUGAAUAUUACUCCGUUAUUUACACUUUGAAGCCUUUCUCGCAGCGCUGAUAAUGCUGAAAAUGAAGCUACCGCUGAAAACGGGCGAGGAAGGAGGCGACGAAACGGCCGAGGACGAUUCAUUGGAUCAGUCGGAGCACCAACAUAUUCCCAGGGUGGUACCUCCUUCGGUGUUCGGUGGACUGGCAGACUUGCCCAGACCUAGUUUGUAUCCAUCCCAGCUGGACAAGGAAACUGUUUUCGAGUGGUUUGGCCUACAUUUAAACCCCGCUAAGCGAAUUGAAUUCAUGUGCGGGCUGUUACAUAUGUGCCAACCACUGGAGCUCCGCUUUUUAGGAUCUUACUUAGAGGAUCUCGCUAGGAAAGAUUACCAUGUUUUAAGAGACUUUGAGUUUCGGGCGAAUAGUCCAAGUGAUUUGGGAGUUUUAACGGACGUUAUUGAUCCAGUGGUUAGGUCCAAACUCCUGGUCUGCCUGUCCCUCCUCGGGUCUGAAAGCAGGGAAUGUGCUGGAAUACUCUUUCGGAUACUGAGCCAUGUAGAUCCGGCCUUGUUCUACAAACAAUAUGAUUACACCCUCCCUUCAUUCAUGGACCCUCACCACCACUCGUUUCAUCCACCAUGCCCUGACAAUGUGUACGGCCGGUCUGAGCAGACCUGCGGCUUCUCCACUAACGAAACAGCGGCAGGACCUCUGGAGCAGUUGUCGCUGCUUUUUGCCAUGGCCUCUCUCCACCCAGCUUUCCAUUUCCACCAGCGGGAGAUGGUCCGGGGUCAGCUUGAAAAAAUAGAGCUUGCCAUACAGGAGGAGAGACGUCAAAGUCAGCUUAGAAUAAACGCCCAGAUAACGGAUCUCACAGGUCAGGAGAGCAAUUACCUGCCUUCCCCAGCCCUGGGUUUGGGGGAAUGUACAGCCUCCCAUUCUCCUUGCCAGAGUCGAUGCUCCAGCUGCUGGACAACACAAAGAGAAGCAGUGCAUAUAGAGGGAAUUGUGCUCAGGAGCAUCUCUCGGACCAGGAUAGACAAGGAAUACAACUUUGAGGUAGGUAACACCCUAAUAUUCCCUGUUUCUUUGUAUCAGUCUGUUAUAGUGUUCAAUUAUUGUCAUUGUUCGGUUUUUUUCUCGCAGCUUCCUAAGGAUCAGUGUACUGAGUCUUUUGAGAAGAGCAUCCUGAGGCUUUUGAACCAGGGGGACCGGAAAGAGAGCAGGGAGGUGGAGAAGAACCUCAGGGAAAGGUUCCUGUCUGCUCCUCCAGUCUUCAGACAGACCAGAAAGGUCUGCAGCUUCUUCAAUUGUGACUCCACUUACUCUACAAAACCUACUUGCUGCAGAUGUAACUGCCAGCGGGGUAAGGCCUACCAAGGAGACUGUUCUGAUGCCUCCAGUCAGGAGGAAGGUAAGAAGAAAUGUACUUAUUUGAUUAUUCCACUCAUUUCCCAGUGUUAUUCUCUGUGGACAGAAGAAGUGGCAAGGGGAGAGCAGCAAACAGGGACAAAAGAAAUGCCCAAGAGCAUAAAGCACCAGGACACCGAGAAGAGAAGCCAUCCAGUCACUAAAACAAAGAAAAGGGGCCUGCCCUCAGACAGGGACAAGGGGAAGGGUGCUGCCUUUAUAGCCAAUGGUAGGUUGGAACCAUCUCUGUCGCCUCAGAGGACGAAUGGAGGUUUUGGUCCAGAUACCUUUGGUGACACAUCAUCAGAAAGCUACAGCUCUCCAUCCAGCCCCCAACAGAGAGGACAAGAGAGCCUGGAUAGUGAGGACGACAACAACAAAGACACAGACAGCCACUCUGAUGACUCCAGCAAAGGCCCUGGCCCUGAUAUGUUCUUCGCCCAUCAGACUGAUCAAACUGUGGUUGGGGAGGUAUCCUCUGUCCACCCUCUGUCAGCCGAAACCCACCCGGGUCAGACGGAGCAACUCUUCUUAGGGCCCACCACAAAACUCCCCCCUCUCACCUUCAUGAGUCCUUAUGUGCUCCCUAACGGUGCUGCUGACUCUCCACUUCCACUGGUCCCUCCUCCGAGCCAAAGCAUCGUCCCCGACAGGAAGCCCUCAUCAGGGACCCUGAUGAUGCCGAUGCCCCUAGUACCUCCUGUCCCAGGCCCUGGAAUUGUUGGAGAACCAGAAAAGAGAGACAUGCUCACAACCUUUGGGAUCCCACCUAUUGGCCUCCACCCUUCAGGGAGUCCUGCUGUGCAGCCUCUGGUUCAGAGGUUCAAAACGGCUUUUCCUCCGUGUCAAAGUGGCACUGAUGGAGCUUCAGGGAGUGGUUCUAAUCCUGCUGCCUUGCAGGCUUCACACCCGGCCCCUGUUAGAGCCAUUGUUGUCAUGUCUCCUGGCCCCACAUCAUACUCCUCUCCUCUUCAUCAGUCUCUGCCCUGCCAAGACUCGUCCAGUGUCACUUCAGGCCUGGCCUCCUCUCUGCCGCAUGUGGAGACUCCACAUGCCAAGCACCCUGGCUUACCCUUACCAGCUGGACUGCCUUCUCCCUACACCCUCCCCCCUGUCCCCACCUCUGGCAUGCCUACUGUAGGAGCCCCUGCACCUUCUGGAAUACCUCCAUCCCCUGGACAUGUACAACCGGCUCUUCCUCUAGCCGUGCCCACCCACACCCCUGGACCUGCCCCCAGCCCAAGCCCAGCGCUCAUGCACAGCACGGCCCACACUGACUGUACAUCCUUCAGCAACAGCAGUGCUUCCUGUGGAAGUAACCCUGUUGCCCAUGCCAACCCUAUUCCUCUUCAGCAAACCCAGCAGCAACAAUUGCCCCCCCAGCAGUCAACACCACCACAACAGCAGCAGCAACCAAUGGGCUGCGGGACCUGUGGUUGUCACAACAACUGCGGUGCCCGAGGCAGCAACACUAGCAACAGUGUGAGUGGUGUCCCUGGCUGCCAGGCAACGUUGUACUUCUCCCACCAGAUGGCGGCAGCAGCACGGCAGGUGUUCAGCGUUCCUCCGCCUCUCUUCCAGCUCACCAGCCUGUGCAGUAACAGUUACCUCACCCAGGCUCAGCCUCCUCACCAGGCCAACGGUGCUGCCACCCUCCCCCCCUUCUUCCCCACUGGUCCACCUCCGGCACACCCGUCCCCCUACGGCCCCCUCCACACUCACUCUCACAGCCACGCAGACGUGCCAUCACAUAUGCUGGCCAACCAGGCUGCUGCCGUGGCGGCCGCCGCAGCCGCAAAUUACAACCUCCAGCAGCAGAUGGCCCCGGCUGCAUCGUUUUGCCAGCGUGUCUACCAGCAAAUGUACGCAAAUCCCAUGGGGAUGCUGCCUGCUGCUGCACUUGGGGGAGGUGGAGUAAAUAAGAAGAGUGGCAAUGUGUCCUGUUAUAACUGUGGUGUGAAUGGCCACUACGCUCACGACUGCAACCAACCCUCCAUAGACUCCACACAGCAAGGUGGUUUCCGGUUAAAGUACGCGGCCCCCCACAUUUCAGAAGCACUUGACAAUGCCGACUGAAGAAGAAAGGAGGAAGAAGAGUCACUGGUUUCUUCCUCUGGUCUCGUGUCCACGGUGACGACCGCCUGUUCUUCCCCAGGCCCUGUGUGUGUGUGUGUGAGCAGUGCACCGGAGCUUCUGUGUACUUCAGGAAAGAAAAAAACUAAACACAGUCUCAAAAAGAAAGUGACCUGCCAAGGGCUCAGUGGACAAAGCCUAAGUACUUGUGCCUGAGAAAAUCUUGUUCCCAUGGAGACGGUCUUGUGUACACCAACAGUCCACGUGACUCCUGGUUCCUUCCUUUUUAGUCUGUCUUUGAUAUUUUUGCACUGAGAUUUGGAAACGAUUAACUUAUUACUUAAUUAUUUGGAAUUUUGAGGAUUGUUUGUGUUUUUACAUUAAGUU